GUCUGCUUGUUAGACUCCAGUUCUAGGUUGGCCCCUGCUCCUUCUGGUAUUUCACUUCGUCGGGCUCGCGCCGUUGUUAGUUUCAUUCUCGGGAGAGAAUAAACGACGUCAUCGUUGUUCCCAGCCCCAUUCUUUUUCCAUUUUCGCGCUGUCGUCGUUUCGUUCCCCAUUUUUCGCCGCCCCCAUUUUCCCCAAUUUUCCUCAUAUUUCGCCAUUGUGGGCACUUUCACUUCCGGCGUUUCGCGUAGGCCAGCAAUUACCAUGAGCCAUGGACGUCGUCGUUAAAAAUUCAUCUCACGUACGGGCAUAGGCUGGAUAGUAGGAGACCAUUUCCAGGCCUUGGACAUUCAAGAUGGACGGCGGGGAUUACAUCUUGGAGGAGACGGACGGCGGCAGGCACCGGUUUCUGGUGGAGCUCGAGUUCGUUCAAUGCCUGGCGAAUCCGAACUACAUUCACUACCUCGCACAGAACAAGCAGUUCGAAGACCCAGCAUUUGUCAACUACAUUCACUACCUACAGUAUUGGCGGACGCCCCCGUAUUCCACUUUUAUUGUGUACCCACACUGUCUCUACUUCCUUGAGUUGCUUCAAAGCGAGCACUUCCGCACUGCCAUGGCGCAUCCUGCCCACAAGGAGCUAGCCCACGGGCAGCAGUUCUAUUUCUGGCAGCAUUACCGGAACAACCGGCUGAAGAUGAUGCAUCAACAGAGGCAGCUGCAGGCAGCAGGAGAUGCAACAGAGACUGACACAGAUACAAGCACAGGGGGUCCGCCUCCUCAGGGUUUUCCUACUGCUGCUGGUACUGGUGCUACCAGAGGUGUUAGAGCUGGGAGUUCUGGCACUGCGGCUGGUAAAACAGCAACGAGUGGUGGUGGGGCUACAGCUAAUGCUGCCUCAACUGUCCCCGGAACGCCUGGUCUUGCAACUUCUCUUCAUGCCUCCACGCCUCCUCUUCCUCCUGCCUCUCCUUUGCCUCCCCUGCCCAUGGCUGCUCAUCCUUCCGGGCACUCUGCACCUCACAAACCUCCUGCUUCAGGCUCGGGAACUGGUUUGGCCGGAGCAGGAGCGGGUGGGCCAGGAAGAGCAGCAAUGCAUGGUGGUCGCACUCCUCCAUCUGCACCAGGGCAAUCCUCACGCAACUCCUCUGGUUCUCAACAGAGUGGUGGAAAGCCAGGUGCCCGCCGCCCACCCCCCAGCAGCCCUGGGCAGAGGCCAGGAGGGGGAGGGGGGGGUACUGCUGGAGGGGGUGGGGGAAGGGUGGGUGCAUCAGGAGCAGCAGUGGGAGGUGGUGGUGCGCCACAUUCGUCCGGCACUGCAUCUCCUGGUGGCAAUCGGCAAGAUGCUGCUGCAAGACCCAAGAAGCGGAAAGCAUUGCCUCAAUAAUGAUUGACGUUAGUUGAGGGUUCCAGAGCAUGUUAUGAAUAGCCUGAUAACCAAUAAGCCGAAGUACAAUUG